AACAUCAGAUAUAACUUUCGUGUGUCGCGAUUUAAAGAGCUAAAGUGAUUAGUUUUCAGACUAUACCCCCUUCCAUUUUUCCUUAACAGUCCCUUUAAGUGCAGUCUUUUAUGGUUUUUAUACUGAUUUGGCAAAGAAACAAACAAGUUUACAGUCACUAUGAAUCGUGAAUAUAAGAAAACGGAGAGUACAAAUUCCGUACAAUCAAAUCUAAAGUCUCAUCCUUCCUCUGUGAGUAACCCUGUAGUUUCCUUGUCUUGACCCGCCAACGACCAUUAUUCAUUUUUCAAUUUUUUUUUCAGAAAUGCCUCGAGUUCGACAACGGGCUUUCAUGUCCUUGCAAAGACUCUGUAUUGAGAAUGUUUGUCAGAAUAUGGAUGAAGUUUGGUCUAAACAUUUCCUGGAUUAUUUUUAUAAAAAAUCUCAUUGCAAAUUUAUCAUCGGACCUUUCGACUCCAUCAUUCCUUCAUUGUCACAGGAGAUAUUUGUUUCUUUAAAAGAAAGAAAGCAGUUACGGAGACAUCACAUAUAUCUACUCAUUAGUAUCUACCACAAGCUACUGGAUUUUUCUGGUUGCGAAGCAGACUUGAAUUUAAUGCUGCAGAUCACUCUUGAGCGAUGCUACAAACUAGAACAGUUGAAUAUAUCCAGGUGUAUGAAAAUACCGCGUGGAAUUCUUAACAAUUUAAUCUCUACAGUUGGGGGUACUCUACUCAAAAUAGAGGUGUCGUCUUCGAAUAUAGGUGAUGAUUUCCUCUCAGUGGUGGGAGUCUACUGUCCAAAUUUACGUGCUCUUGAUGUGUCCUUUACCUCAGUUUCAGAUAAGGGAGUGCGAACCCUAGUUCUACAGGAGAAUCUUGAUGGAUCCUAUGAUGAGAGAUAUGGAAAAUCUACCCAAAUCGCAGCUUUUAAGGUCCAAGGAUGUCAAAAAAUAACCGAUGAAGGAGCAGCAUUAGUAUUAGAGAAAUUAACAAACCUUGUGAUAUUCGACUAUUGUAACACUGUUGGGGCAGUACAACUACUUCUCAAGGAAAAUACAGAUUUAAUUAUAUAUGGGACACCCUGUAGCAUAAGAAUAAAACAAAAGUAUGGAGAUGUAUGUAAUCUCAAUCUGAAACUAUAA